UUGUGUCAAAAAAAAAAACAAUUUUGACAGUUGUCGUUUUGGUGGUAGCCGCCUCCCGAUAGUGUACGAUAAGAACGAUCAAUUUAACGUUUAACAGGAAAAUAAUAAACUUAAAAAAGCGUUAAAUUAAAACUCGGUACCCUAUUUCAUAAAUAAACUAUAUAAAAAUGAUGGCCGAAUCGGACACGACCGUUGAAGCAACCCGGAGGUUGAACGUGAAAAAACAAACCCUGGACGAUGCUUACGCGGCCCCCGCUAAUUUUCUCGAGAUAGACGUCGUUAAUCCCGUUACAACAAUUGGGGUUGGUAAGAAACGAUACACGGAUUAUGAAGUAAAAAUGAGGACAAAUUUGCCUGUAUUUAAAGUAAAAGAGUCCAGCGUUAGACGUAGAUACAGCGAUUUCGAGUGGUUAAGAAACGAAUUGGAACGUGAUAGUAAAAUUGUUGUUCCGGCAUUACCAGGGAAAGCUUGGAAAAGGCAAUUACCUUUCCGAGGGGAUGAUGGAAUUUACGAAGAAGAUUUUAUUGAGGAAAGAAGGAAAGGCUUAGAAAUUUUUAUUAAUAAAAUCGCUGGACAUCCUCUGGCACAAAACGAACGUUGCUUGCAUAUGUUUCUACAAGAACCCACAAUCGACAAAAAUUACAUUCCUGGUAAAAUACGUAAUACAUAAAAAGAACAAAAUGAAAUAAUAUCGGUGGUGUUGCGAUUGUAUCCAUCCUGUUGCCACUUUUUAAGUAAAAUAUAUCCUAAUUUUUUUUAAUCAACCUUAUUCAUCUCAAA